UCUGAUCCCAAAAAUCCUAACACUUGCCCCUUAUAUUGUGAUCCACAAAUUGCCUAUUCAAAGUGUCCCCGUUCAGAAGGAAAGACGAUAAUUUAUCCCACGGGAUGUACCACGUGUUGCACAGGGUACAAGGGUUGCUACUAUUUUGGUCAAGAGGGGGAGUUUGUGUGUGAAGGAGAGAGUAUUGAACCCAAGGGUUGUACUCAAGAAUGUGACCCUAGGGUUGCUUAUAUGACUUGCCCAUCUUCUGGAUUGGCCAAACUUAAUGAAGUUUGUGUUAAUUGUUGUACCGCAGGAGAGGGUUGCAAACUCUAUGAACAUGAUGGAUCUUUACUUUGUACUGGUGAGCCUCAAACCAGUACAUCAUAAGGAAGUUGGUUAUUUCUAUUCAAUGAUAAUUGAUAUAUAUGUUGUAGUUUAUUAAUGUAUGAAAUAAAAGCAU